GCGCCGUCGUCGCCAUAGCCCCCGCUGUUUUUUUUUUUUUUUUUUUUGCCCCCGCUUUUUCCCCUUCGUAUGCAUGGCCGCCGAUGUGGCCUGAAGUUCGGCGCGCGAACGACAAACAGUCCACAUCAGCAAACGUGGGCGAAUCGCAUCAGCAAACGUGGAUGUUUGGGGGGAUCGAGUUCAGCCGGCCCUCCCGCCUACCGGCUCUGGCUGGCUGGCGAAUCGCAUCGCAUCGCAUCGCAUCGGUGUAUGUAUGGUGGGGGUAUUGUUGGCCACAUUCGUCGUCCGUUACGGUAGCCCGCCCAAAGAAAGGAAAGUUAACGGAACGCGAAUUGUGACUGACUGGCCGUAGUGACCCCGCGCAUGCACACGGGCGGACACGCGUCGGGGCGGAGAUGGCGGGUGUAGCGGCCGGUUCCGCUGUGGCUUGUCAGGCCGCCAAGUCGACGUUUGUCAAUGGCGGAGGCGUUGGGCGAUGGUGUGCCUCUGGCGCGGGAGUGCGAGGAGGGGCCGGUAUCAGCGGUGAUACUUGGCAGCAGCAGGGCUUGGCGAUCGUGAUUGCGCGCCAAAAGCGGGUCAUCCCAUAUUGGAAGGGAGAGACGUUCUCGCUUCAGACUAGGGAAGCUCGCUGUGCUUCAUCGACAGCUACCGGUAGUCCCAGACUGCUCAUUCGCUGCAACGCCACGCAGCAGUGGUUCCGUACCAGAGAGAGUGAAUGGGAGACUCGCUAUGAUAGGCUUCCUUCUUUGUGCCGUGAAUGAGAAAUUCAGCGGUCUGAACUUCGUGGAACAGGCUCAGCGAUCGCCCGGAUCGGUGGUAUCUUGGAUCGUGUUUAUCUCGCUUGCCUCCAUCCUUCCCAAGUACAUUAGCGAAGUGCCGCUCAGCGAGUUGAUGGAAGCGGCCAAAAAGGAUGGCAUGCCACAACAGCUGAAGCUGGCGAAUGCUGACCUGGAGCAGACAGUAGGCAGGACUGCCAUGCUUGGCUUUCUCGGUACCCUCCUCGUGGAGGUGAUCUUUCAAGGAGGGGUCUUUGAUGGAUCAUUGAAAUUACCAUUUUAAAUUUUAAUUUAACAACGGCAAUGGUGUCCGGGUCUCUGUUGAUUCACAGAGGAGGGAAUUCUUGCACUACCUAGGGGUUUUGAGAAUGAAUGAACCUCAGGCUGGCUGUGUUUCUGAUCUGAUGCACCCGGGACCUGGAAAGUCCGAGUGUGAGCACAUCCCCCAUCAAUCGGUUUUGGCAUUUUAGUGAUUUUGUUUUUUUUGCCACCUGUUCCUCUCUCCCCUCUUGCACACAAAAUUCAAUCAGCUGAAGGCUGCACACGAA